CUUACAAUGUUGUUCAAAUUCCCUACGCAGUUCACGUGCUUGUUGGCAUUGUUUGUUACGUUAUGAAUUCGUGCUGUACAAUUGUAAUUUAAUUUUCUUCAACUUCAAUGUGAUUCUUAUAAGAACUUAAUGGAAUAUUUUUGGAAUUAAAAUUUGUAGAUUCAUAACAUAAAUUUUAUGUAUUAAAACAUAGUAUCAUUUUAUUUUAUUAGAAAUCACGAUCAAUUAAUGAUGCUAUGAUUGAUUUUGUUUAUAUUGCAGUUUUCUUUAGUUUUAUUACUUUUCAUUAUUUAGAAUAUUGACGUAAUUGGAAAAUAUUUUUGGUUUGUAUUAAACCAAGUAAUUUAUAACUAUGAACGAUGAACAUAUUGUUUUGACAUUACCUGACACACAAAAUGCGGAUUCAGUAGCUUUGACUCAGUCGCAAGAAUUAACACAAGAAAAGAUUAUGACUGUAUGGGGUAGAUUAUGCCCCAUUAAAUUGCCCUUUAAAACAAUGGAAAUGAUCAAAGAUAUUUACACGCUUGGUCGCUCAGAGUCUUGUGAUAUUUGUGUAACUAGUAAUGAAUUAAAACCAAAGUGGCUUAGUGUAAUGAGUAAGAUACAUUUCAAAAUAACCAGAGAAUUUGUUGGUAAUACUAAUGAUACUAUAGUAUAUUUAGAGGACUUAAGUCAAAAUGGAACUUUUGUUAAUAAAAAGAAAGUAGGCCGUGGAAAUAAAGUAGUAUUGGAAAGCAAUGACGUAAUAUCAUUGGCACAGCCUAUAGUUACUGUUUAUAUAUUCAUGAGUACAACGGCAUCUGAAAGCAACAACUUGCCCCCUGAGCUCAAAAAUAAAUAUACAGUAUCAUGUAAAUUAGGAUCUGGCGCGUGCGGGGAGGUAAAAAUGGUAUUUAAUAAAAUUGGUUGUCAGAAAUUUGCUAUGAAAACUAUUAUGAAGAUUGGUAGCAUAACAAAUGGACAAAAACAUCCAUUAAAUGAUCCUGAAAAAAUUAUGAAUGAAGUUAAAAUAUUGAAAGCCUUAAAACAUCCCUGUGUAAUCAGACUGGAAGAAAUUGUAGAUACACCAAAAGCAGUAUAUAUAGUUCUGGAAUUAAUGGAAGGUGGUGAACUUUUUGAAAGAAUAAAAAGUAGAGGACGAUUAUUGGAAAAACAUGCAAAAGUAAUUUUUUACCAAGUUGUAUUAGCUGUUAGUUAUCUUCAUGAUUGUGGUAUAACUCAUAGAGAUCUAAAGCCAGAAAAUAUAUUGUUAGCCAGCAAUUCAGAUAUUACAUUAGCAAAAGUAUCAGAUUUUGGUUUGUCAAAAUUAGUUGAUGCACAAACUAUGAUGAAAACAUUUUGUGGAACCCCUAUGUAUGUUGCACCUGAGAUAUUAUCUACUAUUGGACGAGGUUCUUAUACGAAUCAAGUUGAUGUAUGGAGUUUAGGAGUAAUAUUAUAUGCUUGUUUAAGUGGUUCAGUUCCCUUUAAUUGUCAAGACAAAAAUAUGAGCUUGCAAGAUCAGAUAAAGAGUGGACAUUAUAGUUUUCCUUCUUCGAAAUUUGGACAUAUAACAAGCAAAGCUAUAGAUUUGAUCAAGCGUAUGAUGACAGUUAAUCCAAGAAGGAGGAUUACAAUCAAACAAGUUUUACUACAUCCUUGGUUACAAGACCGUGAACUUCGAGAAACUGUCGACAUCUUAUUAUCAAAAGAAAAUGAUGAAAACGUAGCACCGAAAAAUAUUUCUACUGGUAUUCAGUAUGAACAAAAUUUAAUGAAAAGACCAAGGUUAGAUUUCUAGUUAGAAAUGUUUGCCCUAACUAAUAUUAUUAUUUAAAAAAAUCAUUAAAUCGUAAUCUAUUUCUAGUAAAUGAAGUUAUUGUAUUUGACUGAGUCGAUCAUAACUAGUAUAAGUUUAGACACAUAGAAAUUCAUUUUCAAUUCAUUUCAAAAUUUUAUUUUUCAUUAAAUUAAUAGCCAAAUUAAAAUAAUUACGUAUUAAAUUGAUUUAAUUU